UAGAUUAAUUCUUCCAUUUUUAUUGUUUCUCCCACGCUCCCAACCCAUACAACGGGCGGUGCAACAACAAUCGCAGAGUCAAAGAGAAACCCUAACUAUGGUUUUGGGGUUUCGGAUUUUGAAUUGUAAUUUCCUCGCGACGAAUAGCUGAGAAUUAAUAUUCAAUUAGCAUUAAUAAUAUGGGAGGCGAUGAUAUUAGUCGAGAUAAAGACAAUCCAUGGCAAUCUCCUAACAGACCUUAUCAAGAGAAAGCCGAUUAUAUCGAACUUUGGGGAGUAUUUCUCUUCGGUCUAAUUGGCGCCACUGCUACCACUUUGGCUGUUGUUCAGCUGCGGAGGAAUGUUGAAUGGUUCAAUGCUCAGUUAAAAAGGUCAGAAUCAUCAUGGAAAGGAAGAACAGGCAGUUCCUUUCGGUCAACUUUUCAGGAGGAAGCAUGGAAAAGGUAUAAUCGUCGAAUGCAAGAGGAAUAUGAAGAGGAAAUGGAGAGAGUAGAACGUAUAAGGCGCAUGCAAAGUGUGUUUAACCGAGAGAGGAACAAGCACAAGAGAAGCUAUGAAAGCUGGAGGCAAAAUGGUUCAGGUGCAUAUCAUCAGCAUUUUCAGCGAGAUGAUUGGUAUUGGAAGACUGAUACGUCCUUCGGUGAUCAGAGGACUAACUUCAGGACUCCAAGAGAGAGAGCGAGCUACCCAUUAUCACAUCAUUACUCAGUUUUGGGCCUUGAUAGGUCCGGAAAAACACCAUAUACUGAAGCUGAAAUUAAGAAAGCAUUCAGGGCGAAGGCAAAGGAGUUCCAUCCAGAUCAGAAUCAAGAUAAUAAAGAGUUUUAUGAGGCCAAGUUCAAAGAGGUAAUGAUAUCCUACGAGGCUAUUAAACAAGAAAGAAAGGACAUGAAAUCUUGAAAUGGCACAGGCCUAGAAGAUUCCAACCAUUAUAGUUUUUUUAUCUGAUGAAAAUUGAGUUCAAUGCAAAUUAUUUUUUGGGGAUAAUUAAAGUUGUAUUGAUAGUUCCUAUUUUAGAGAGAGGGAGAGAGAUUUUUAUUUUAUUAUUUAUUUAAAAAAAAAAAAAUCGAAGUGUAGAUAUAAGGUGAGGCGAGCUAAUGAAGUUACCCUUGUUUUACUUUCUUGCAGUUUAAUUAUAGGGUGUUUUGUGAUGGAAUCCUACAAGCUCUAUUGUAGACUGUUUUAAUUUUAUGCUAUGAGUAGAUCUUUUUUUUC